AUGAAAGACGAGAGUGAAGAGGAAGUCCAGAGCAACAAGCAGUUAGUGUUGCAUAUCCAGCGUCCAGUCACACACCAAGCGCAGCCAGAAGCAUUCUGCUCCCGUUUCAUCAACCCAGCAGACAUCCCUGCAGUCACCGAAGAUGAAGAAAACGACGAUUCUUCUCUCUCUGAAUACGAGUCGCUAGAGAGCACCGAAGAAUGGCAGGACCUCUCACCUCUUACCCCCACCGCACACGUGAGCCACAAAGACACCCGCCUCCUCCACUCACCUUCACUAACUUCGCAGUCCCCCUCUUACCCCUUCCCCGGCACAUGGUCUGCGGCCCUGCAAGACUCCAACCACGCCCUCACCAAAGUCGGCAGCGCAACCGUCUCGUACGCUACGGCCCUCGCAACCUCUGGCGUGGGCAAAGCCACCCUAAGCAUCAGCGCCGCCGCCCUCUCAACGACAAACAAGUACGCCGCCUCCCUCACCAGCUGGGGCCUCGCCAAGUCGGGUUUCGGCCGCAACGAGCUGCCCGCUCCCAUCUGCAAGUGGCUCACGAAGAAGGAAGAGGCGGACAAGAAGAGGAGUAAAGCGCGCAACAAGAGUGAGCCCACGCAGCGCGAGUUUACCGAUGCCAAGGGCAGUGCGGAUAAGAGCGAGGGAAAGGUCGAGGAAGGCGGGGAAGAGGCGGGUUGGGGUGAGCAGGAAAUGAGGGGUGGUGGGCCUUUUGAUGACCGGUUUGCGGUUGAGUAUAGUGAAGAGAGUGAUAGCGAGGACGAGGAAGAGGCGGGAGAAGAUGAUGGUCUGGUCAGGAUGUUUGAAUUUGACGACUGAGAAAGAGAGAGAGAAAAACUAUGGCGUUUGGGUAUAUUGAAUGGAUGACAAGGGCGAUUGUACAGGCAAACACCAAGGCGAUUUAGCCGUACUACCUUUUUUUGCUUUU